GAAGCUAUGGACUGCAUUCACCAUCUAAGACAAUACUGUUCUGUUCAGGCCAUCAAACUUGUCAUCAAAGACAGCAUCGAAAGCUGUAUCAUACAAUUGCAGAAGAGGAAAUCAGCGAUGGUGGAUGCCACACUAUCUACCGAUGAUUCC